AGGCAGAUACUGCUGUCCUAUGAAUUGUCAGUGGACUCUAUUGAUGAUCCUUUUCGAAGACAGAGGUUAAUGAGUGCAGCCACUAUUAUUACAGAUAAUUUGCAACUGCAAGAGUCAAAACUGAAAUGUCCUUCAUUAUGGAAACAUUUUGCUCAAAAGUAUCUAAUUUGGAAUUGUUGUCCAUUCUGGAGAGUAGUCAAAGAGAAGGUGAAACUGGUAAUUUUGGAUCCAUUUGUUGAUCUCUUAAUCAUGGUUUGCAUUAUCAUGAAUACCUUAUUCAUGGCUCUGGAGUACCCUCGCAUGCCAGACAAUUACCAACAAAUGAUUUUUAUAAGUGACAAGGUCUUCACCCUGAUUUUUACAGCAGAAAUGAUCUUGAAAAUCAUCGCUCUAGAUCCUUACAACUAUUUUCAGCAAAAAUGGAAUAUUUUUGAUAGCAUAGUUGUCAUGAUUGGCCUAAUAAGCUUUAAAGAAAAUCUGCCAUCUCUCAGGCUGCUCAGGAUCUUCAAAUUGGCAAAGUCCUGGCCAGCCUUAAAUACUCUUAUGAAAAUAAUUCUAAACUCAGUUGGUGCUCUGGGUAAUCUCACUCUGGUUUUGAUUAUCACUGUAUUUAUUUUUGCUGUAGUAGGAAAGCAGGUUUUGGGCAGUUAUUAUGAGAAUUAUUAUUAUAGAAUAAACACCGAUGAGAAUUUACGCUGGCAUAUGAAGGAUUUUUAUCAUUCAUUCCUGAUUAUAUUCCGAAUAUUAUGUGGAGAAUGGAUUGAAACCAUGUGGGAAUGUAUGGAAGUGGCUGGAGAAGGGCUAUGUCUUCCCAUUUUCUUGCUAGUCCUGGUGGUAGGAAACCUGGUGGUGCUCAACCUAUUCAUUGCCUUGCUGCUGAGUUCGUUCAGUACUGAAUCCUCAAUGGGACAAGAGGAAACUGGACAAAUGACUAAAUGUCAGAUUGCCAUUGCACGGAUUCACAAGGGCCUGCAGUCUGUGAAAGACAGAAUUUUGGAUCAUUGUGGCAAAAUAAUGAAACGAAGCCUCAAAACAACAGCCAAAGAGAAGACUUUACUGAAAAUUUCUGCCAAAGACGUAGGGGAAAAUAACUAUGCCAUGACAGAUGUCAGAAAAGAUACAGACAACAAUUGUUUUGACAUUGGGUAUUACAACACUGAAGAGAAUUCCUCAAUAAUGAGGAAAUAUGAAGAAUUUUUAACCAGUCGUAGUACCUGUAUUCCCAUUGCAGUAGCCGAGACUUACAGCGAUGAAGUUGAUGAUGAGCACAGCGUAUGCACAAAAAUAGAACACAGAAAACAG